UUUCAAGACGUGUUUAGAGUCAAAUAAGAUCGCGACCUGUCAACAGAAGAUUCGUAGUAAUAAUGUAUUAUGGGAACAGUUAACACUACUUGUGGAUAAAUACUGGUUUUCUUUUAACGAAAUUAAAUCAGUGCGGUAAAAAAAUGUUUUUUCUGUGACUGGACGAAAUGCCAACAUAGGCCUACAUGGUAUUGUGUCUAAAUUUAUUGAGCGUGUAGAAUCGUCGUUUCCCUUAUACUGUUGCAUCGUAUCGUCACUGUUUUCUCAGUACGGCAAUUUUGAGUUUUGUUCAUUUAUGUGAUUGUAGUGCAUACUUAUUUUCAUAUCUACGUACGUCCAAACUCAACAGAAUCAGGCUGUGGCAUUACAUUCUUGCCUUAUUUAUACCACAGUCUGUUUGGUUUACAGUGGAAUCGGGAAAAACGAAGUUUCCUGAAGAAGUGCUGAGAGAUGGCUAGAUUCUGAAGGAUCAUAAAUAUCAAUUGAUUCUAGUCGGCUUGGCGGCUCCAGCUCCAGAGAGCUGUACUCCAUUGAGUUUCCAUACUAGUAUGCUUUUGCAGCCAAUCACUUCAUUUGACUGUUUGAUGUUGUAUAUAUGAUCUGAACAUUCCCACUUCUGUCAUCUUGAGUAACCUGUGAAAAUAAUUUUCAUUGUCUUAUUCAUUGGGAUUCUUGACUUUGUUGCUAGACUGGCCUUGUUUGACUGAUGCAGAAUGACAGGUGCCAGUAUGAAUGUAUCCACUGUGGAAACCAAAUACAGGACCUUUUCAAGAAGUACAGUGCUACUGUACUGAAGCUGACAGAGUGUCAAAAUUGCAAGAACAUUGCUGACAAGUAUAUUGAAUAUGACCCUGUAAUUGUUAUGAUUGACCUGGUUCUGCUAAAUGAGCAAGCUUACCGACACAUCUUGUGGAAUACUGGCUUUGAGGGCCAUUGGAAGCUUGCAGCUGUGUUGCUUUUGGCUGAAACAUAUUGCGAAUGGGUGUCCAUGAAGAAACAGUAUUCUUCAUUAAGCAAUGGAGGCUAUAAAAGUACAGAACUUAUGUUUGAAGGAGAGAAAUACUUUUACAUCACUUGCUUGCAAGUCCUUUUUGGUCACAUGCUGCUUCUUGCUACAGUGUUAGCAAUAACAAAGCUGUAUUGGCUUGUGUUUCCAAAAAAAUAUCAAGACAGUUUUACACUUUUGAUCUUUUGGAAGGCAUUUGUUCUGUCAAAUUUUGGAAAAUUUCUUACAGUCGCAGAGUUAAUAUGGGAUGGCAAUGGAAAUGGAAUAACAAGUUCGUUCGUUACAAUCUACGUGUAUCUCUCACAGUUACACUCUUACUCAGUCAUUUCCAAGACCUCAAAAACAGUGGCUGGUUUUGUGGUAUUACUUGGAUUUAUUACAAAAACAAUCAUAACAGAAUCAGAAACACUGCAUGUACAGCUUUACAAAUAUGCAAUGUAAAUCUGGGAAGGAUGUGAUUUCAAGGAGCUAAGAGAAAUAAAGAAUGGACUGAUGUUAUUGAAUAAA